CGGGCCGGGCCGGGCCGGGCCGGGCAGCAGCGGCCAUGGGGAACCUGUUCGGGCGGAAACGGCGGAGCCGCGUCACGGAGCAGGACCGGGCCGUGCUGCAAUUGAAGCAGCAGCGGGACAAGCUCCGGCAGUACCAGAAGCGGCUGAGCCUGGGGCUGGAGCGGGAGCGGGCGCUGGCCCGGCAGCUGCUCCGGGACGGCAAGAAAGAGAAAGCCAUGCUCCUGCUGAAGAAGAAACGGUACCAGGAGCAGCUUCUGGAUAAAACAGAGAACCAGAUCAGCAACCUGGAGCGCAUGGUCCAGGACAUUGAAUUCACCCAGAUUGAAAUGAAGGUCAUCGAGGGCCUGAAAAUAGGCAACGAGUGUCUGAACAAAAUGCACCAGGUUAUGUCCAUAGAAGAAGUGGAAAGGAUAAUAGGAGAAACCCAGGAUGCAGUGGAGUACCAGAGGCAAAUCGACGAGCUCCUGGCUGGCAGCCUGACUGAGGAGGAUGAAGAUGCCAUUCUAGAAGAACUAAAUGCAAUUACUCAGGAACAGUUGGAGCUUCCAGAAGUUCCUUCGGAGCCGCUCCCGGAGAAGAUCCCAGAAGUGUCACCCAUCAAGAACAGGCCAAAGCCAGAGCUGGUGGCAGCGUCUUAACUCCCAGUGCUGGGGAUUCCCCCACGAAACUUUCACCCUGGACAGUUUGCCCUCCCAGCGUGUGCUGGGACAGGCAAUGCCUUGGCAGCAUCCCAGCUGUGCUGGGUGGAUUGUGGAGCAGGAUUCCCUGCGCAGGGUGGGGAACCUCAGCUGAUUAUCGCUCUUGUAUCAAGAUUAUUUUCUAGUGCUUUCUUUUUUUGUAACUUAAAUUCCAAACUCACUCAGCCGCGCUGUCUCGGGAUUAAACAGCAACUCUUAAGUCAUCCAAAGCCAAA